GACAAAGCAAUGGAAAAUUUCACCUCAGUGAAGAUUUUUAUUUUAGUGGGCUUCUCAAAUGCCCCACAUUGGCAAAUCCUCUUCUUUGUCAUCUUGCUAUGCAUUUACAUUGCCACCGUACUUGGCAAUCUCAUCAUUAUUGUUCUUAUUUAUGUUGACUCUUCCCUCUGCACACCUAUGUACUUUUUCCUCAGAAACUUGUCUUUCUUAGAGAUCUGCUAUACUUCUGUCACUAUCCCCAAGAUGCUGGCUAACAUCCUUGCUUUGGAAAAAACCAUCUCCUUCCAUGCCUGUGCCAUUCAAAUGUAUUUCUUCCUCUUCUUUGGUGCCACUGAGUGCUGCCUCCUAGCCUGCAUGGCUUAUGAUCGCUACACUGCUAUAUGCAAUCCACUGUGUUAUCCAGUCAUCAUGAGGAAAAAGGUUUGCAUUCAGCUUGCGGCUGUUUCUUGGGUCUGUGGAGGCCUAGUGGCUCUGGGCCAUACCACCUUUAUUUUCACCCUUCCUUUUUGUGACUCCAAUGUCAUCAAUCAUUUCUUCUGUGAAAUCCAGCCGAUGUUGAAGCUGGUGUGUGGAGACACAUACUGGAACGAAAUCCAAGUCAUCGCAGCAGCUGCCUUUCUGAUCCUGAUACCCUUCAUGCUGAUCCUUUUGUCCUAUUUCCAUAUCAUCACUACCAUCUUGAGGAUGAAAUCAGCCAAAAACCGACAGAAGGCUUUCUCUACCUGCUCCUCACACCUCAUUGUGGUCUCAUUGUUCUACAGCACAGCCAUUUUCAUGUAUAUACGCCCCAAAUCCAGUUACUCUCUGAAUGUGGACAAAUUUCUCUCUCUUUUCUAUUCAAUUGUUACUCCAAUAUUGAACCCCAUAAUCUACAGUCUGAGGAACAAGGAUGUAAAGGGGGCUCUCAAGAAAGUAGUGUUAAAGCUAGUGGCUUCAAAGUGA